GUCAUGAUUACACCGAUACCUCCAAUUAGGUUGAGGUUACCUUGCAUUUACUGAAGACUUACAAAGCUCGUGUCAGCGACAGUCGUCUAGUGAUCCUUGAAUAUGCACUUAGAGGCUAUACGAGCCAGCCAAUGUCACAUUUGGCGCUGACAACUGUGAGCAAUUUAUCGUAGGCGUUCGAGAUUCCGAAGAUAUGCUGUCUUGUCGGAUCCUCAUAACUUACCAGGCACCACUGGGUCCUUCUGUCUCACGUAUUGCAUCAAUUCACUGCCUAAAAUUUAGGAAUUCCUCCUUUUGUAAGCCAAGACGCUUCUUGUCAAGUUCCGUUCCAUCCGGUUUCAAAAUGAACCCUCAGGCGGUGGAAUCUCCCUUGUCGCAGUCCGCGACAUUCCUCGUUCUCUCGGCAACAGACAACCCGGAUGCCGACAAGACGAUCCGAUCAACAUUGUCUAGCAUUGCAGACAUUACUAAGAAUAUUUCAAUUCGCCACCAAACCGCAAACCUCUCAUGCACUGUUGGCAUUGGAAGCUCGGCAUGGGAUCGAUUGACCCAACUUCCACGGCCUGCUGAGCUGCACCCUUUCAAAGAGUUCAAGGGAUCAAAGCAUACUGCUGUGUCGACGCCAGGUGAUAUCUUCUUUCAUAUUCGCUCGGAGAGAAGAGAUAUGGCAUUUGAGUUUGAGAGACAACUCAUGGAUAGACUUGGUGAUGCCGUCAAGCUUGAAGAUGAGACAGUUGGCUUUAGGUAUUUUGAUACGCGCGAUGUCCUUGGGUUUGUCGACGGAACUGCCAAUCCAGUCGGCCCCGAUGUCAAGGACUCGGUGCUUAUCACUGCACAAGACGACUCUGCUGCUGUAGGGGGCAGUUAUGUCGUGGUGCAGAAAUAUCUUCACGAUCUCAAAGCAUGGAAGACUCUCAAGACCGAGCAACAGGAAGCCAUCAUUGGACGUACGAAGCUGGAUAAUAUCGAGCUUGAUGAUGCAGAUGAAGGGCAACAGCAGUCUCAUAAGAGCCUUGCUACGAUUGAAGACGAGGGAGGAAGUGAGCAUGAUAUUCUACGAGAUAACAUGCCCUUCGGAUCUCCGGCUCAAGGCGAGUUUGGCACAUAUUUUAUCGGGUAUUCAAAGAAGCUUUGGGUAAUUGAGAAGAUGCUAGAGCGCAUGUUUGUCGGUGUUCCACCUGGGAUGCAUGAUCGGAUUCUUAACUAUUCGAAGGCAGUUACAGGCUCGACAUUCUUUGUACCAUCGGCUGAUUUCCUUGCUGGACUUGACGAUGAUUAACUGCUGGGCAGGCUGUGAUUGUCUUCAAACAACAAACAAUUAGAACGAAUAGCAACAAGUGUAAAACGUCCAUGAAUCAGCAAAUAGUUUGUGAUAGCACGCAUAAAGUCAUGCUAUUCAUCCCGUAACUCAGAUUCAGUAUAAUCAUAAAUCUCCUGUGCCACAUGUUUACUG